CUGAUUGGCUGUUCAGCCAGUGAACCAGUGCUCUAGAAGAAAAAAACGGAAGUGACGAAGCAAGUAAACAACGAAGUCAACGGAGACAUACUUGCUUUUCUCAUUUGUUUGCAUUUCUCAUGAUUAAUUCUCGUGAUUAUCAUUCGUGAUUAUUUAAAAAAGAUGCAACGUGUCAGACAUUUCCAAAAUAUCACAAAUCCGUCUGUGGAUAGCGAGACUCUGAUAUGCUUUUUCUUUGUAUAUGUUUUGUAUCCCUGUAGCUUCUUCCGGUUUCCCGCUUUGAGUAACAACUGCCAAGACUACUGUCACCUGCUGGUACAGAAAGGUAUUUCCUACGCAGGCGCAGAAUGGACGUGCUAGUUGGCUGUCGGGUGUCGAGAAUCGGCUUUGUGUGUCAGGGCAAAUCUGGACCCAGACGCUGCCGACGUGAACCGACCCUGCAGUCUGCUUUCGUUGCCACUAGUUCAUCGGCAUCGGCUUGGUGUGUUCCAGGCUUAAAGCCCAGGAUACACCAAGCCGAUGAUCGGCCGUUUGCCAGCGUCGGGCUAGUUUGUUUGGUGUGUUCCACUCGUCGGCUCUCGUCGGGCUCGGCGUCGGGGACGUUGGGGCCGUCGGCAAAAGUGAGAGCUCUGAUUGGAUGUUCAGUUUAGCGAACGAUCAUCUUGCAGAGUGAGUCGAAACACACUAAGUGGAUAUUUUCUGGCUGGCAGAGACAUGGCUUGGUGGCCGAUUGGUGCAUCUCUGUUUGCCAGCAGUGAGGGUUCAGGAUUGUUCAUCGGUCUGGCUGGGACAGGAGCAGCAGGAGGGAUUGCUGUAGCCGGAUUUGAAUGGAAUGCAACUUAUGUCCUGUUGGCUCUUGCCUGGAUCUUUGUCCCAGUUUAUGUGUCUUCUGGGAUUGUCACAAUGCCAGAGUAUCUGGGUCGGCGGUUUGGAGGAGAGCGAAUUCGCAUGUACUUGUCAGCUCUCAGUCUGAUGCUGUCCGUGUUUACCAAGAUCUCGACAGAUUUGUACUCUGGAGCUUUGUUUGUCCAGGUUUGUUUGGGAUGGAAUCUCUACCUCUCCACUGUGCUCAUGCUGGUCGUCACUGCCCUCUACACUAUUGCAGGUGGCUUGGCUGCUGUAAUCUACACCGACACUCUUCAGACCUUCGUCAUGAUCAUUGGAGCGAUCAUCCUCACCAUUACAGCAUUCAACAAGAUUGGAGGCUACAGUAACCUGGAGAGCGUGUAUUUGAAAGCUGUGCCAUCUAAGAUCAUCCCAAAUACGACAUGUCACCUGCCCAGGUCUGAUGCCAUGCACCUGUUCAGAGACCCUGUGCAUGGAGAUUUACCCUGGCCAGGCAUGACAGUGGGAUUAACCAUUCUUGCAACAUGGUACUGGUGCACCGAUCAGGUAAUCGUGCAGAGGUCUCUGUCAGCCAAGAAUCUGAGUCACGCCAAAGGGGCAUCCAUCUUUGCCAGCUAUCUCAAAAUGCUUCCCAUGAUCUUCAUCAUCCUACCUGGCAUGAUCAGCAGGGCACUCUACCCAGACAUAGUGGCUUGUGUGGACCCUGAAGAGUGUUUAAAGGUGUGUGGUGCAGAGGUGGGCUGUUCCAACAUUGCUUUUCCAAAACUGGUCAUUGAGCUCAUGCCCAGCGGCCUCAGGGGGUUAAUGAUAGCUGUAAUGAUGGCCGCUUUAAUGUCAUCACUGACCUCCAUCUUUAACAGCAGUAGCACCCUCUUCACCAUGGACAUCUGGAAGAAGUAUAGAAGAGGUGCUAGCGAGAAGGAGCUGCUGCUGGUUGGCAGAAUUGUGACCGUUAUUUUGGUGGUGAUUAGUGUGGUUUGGAUCCCAAUUCUUCAGAGCGCUAACAGCGGUCAGCUGUAUGUUUACAUCCAGUCAGUAACCAGCUAUCUGGCCCCUCCUGUUACUGCCAUUUUUGUAAUGGCUAUUUUUUGGAAAAGAACCAAUGAGGCGGGAGCAUUUUGGGGCCUGAUGGUUGGUCUAGUGGUGGGAUUGACACGGAUGAUUCUAGAGUUUGCAUUCCCUCCACCCCGCUGUGGUGUUUUUGACCCUGCUCCCUCCGUCCUAAGGAGUGUACACUACCUGCACUUUGCCAUCAUACUCUGCGGCCUCACUGCUAUUGUUGUGGUGGUGAUCAGUCUAUUGACCCCUCCACCCACUGAUGAACAGACACAUAAUCUUACCUGGUGGACUCUCCACAACAGCACUGAGAGAGAAAUACCUCUACAGAAAGUAACUACACUCAGCCGCAGGACGGACGGCUGUGAGGCUGUACGCAGGGGUAAGUGUGUUCGCACCGCUGGGUUCUGUAGCCCUCGACCUGGCAGAUCUGCACCCGGGACACCACCUCCCAUUAUUCCCAGCAUCAGAGAAGAUCCCUUCUGGUCUCGCUUCUGCUGUGCCAAUGCCAUUAUUCUCAUCUGUGUCAACAUCUUCCUCUAUGCUUACUAUGCGUAACACACACUGCUACACACACACCAUUUUUUUGUUUUCUUUUUAAUACAAAUUUAACACUUAGACUUCUGAUAAAACCUUUGAAAUUGUACUUAUUACACAGCGAUAUUAAAAUUUGAAAAAUUAUUUUUUUUUUUAUAAAUAGUCAUUUAAAUCCUAUGGAAACAUGGUUCUGCAACUCACUUUUUUUUAACUCAAAAAUAAAUAAAUAUAUAAAUAUAAACUCCUCAGAAUUGUGAGUUUGCCUCUCGCAAGUGUUUUUUUCUGCCAUGAAAUACAUUAUAAAAAGGUAACUUACAGUACUUCAUUUCACAAUUAUUUUUUUUCUUGCAAUUGCAAGGUUUUUUUUUUUGGAAUAGAGCUUAUGUCUUGCAAAUCUCAAAACUGCAAGAAAAAAAGUCUGAAUCAUGUGACAAACUCAGAAUUAUGAGGAAAAAGUCCCUAAUUGGGAAAUAAGAAGUCACAAUUACCUUUAAGUAAUUUUUUUUUUUCCUUUUUUUUUUAAAUCCCAUGGCGCCCAUAAAAUGCCUUUAAAUUAUUGGGCUACGUAAGACAUUUUAUAGAUUGUUUUAAUAGUUGUUCAGUUAGCUUUACAUAUAAUGCAUUUAUGCUCUACCUUAAAUAACUGUAUAUUUGCCUUUGUGAAUGGAGCAAAAAAUAAAUUACCAUGCGUUUUCUCACAGUGCACGCUUAGUUAACACAUUAUGCUUAUAGUAAGAUCUUAUUAUAUGGUUGAUAAAUAUGUUUGAAUUGACUGGAGAAAAAAAAAAUAUGCUCAUUAGAUGCUCCCAAAGAUGUGGGUGUAAAUUUAACUGCAAAUUUGCUUCUUGGAAAAAAAUGACCAGUGAUUAAACUGUAAUUUUCUGUAAAGCACAUCAAUGACUGUGUAAUUUGUGUCUAAAUAAUUAUUUCAACAAUAGCGUGAGAGUAGCCAUAGAUUAUAUGAUUGUAAGAACAGCAUGUAGAUGAUUUUAAGAAAAGACAAUUAGGGUGGGUUAUAUGAAACGUUAACUGUUAAAUAUUUGUUGCUGUUCAUGUUCAACUUUUUGUUUUCUCUUCAAUUUAUAUUGUUUUGUUGUUAAUGUGCAAAUGAAAAAUUAAUUCAUUAAAAUCACAAAGCAAUGUGUAAACCAAGUGUUUUGAGUUUGAAGAUGUGAAAACAUUUUUGGCUAGAUGCACUAAUCCUCCUUUACAUUUGGAAUACAAUUGUGAACAGCAAGUACAAGCAAUACACUUACAUUAAAUACGUUUAUUUUUUCCCUUGAGUUGAUAGUUCAUAGACAGAAUAUUUGCUUGUACACAUCCUUACAUUAUCAUAACUUAUUACAACUGACAUAGCUAUAUUUCUACAAAAGUUCUACAUUUAAAAUGUCUAUCAUCUGUUAAACACAACAUAAAUAGCAAUGCUUGCUCAAAUGUGUGCAGGCAAUAUAUAUGUUAAUAGAUGUAAAGAUGAGACCGCAUAUUUUAUUGCAUUACAUGUCAUAACAGAAGCAUUGCAGCAAAGCCUCUCUUGGUGAUAUACUUUACUGUAUAUUUUACACAUCAUACAUGUCAAUAUAAAUAAAUUCACAUUCCCUGUGGUAAAUAAACUGACCAGAAAAGAGUAAUUAUUUUAAUUAUGUCACUCAAAA